GGGAAAAGUGUUGAGAGAGGAAUUCCAGUAACCGAAGGUCUAUCGCCAUCCUGAAUCUUCUAGUUCAGAAUCUUGGACGAUGACAUCGACUGGCGAAAAUGGCGCUUCCCGUGCGGAUCCAGGCUUUACCUGCAGCUGCUGCAACUUCAGCUUUUUUGAUAAAGCCAGCUUGGACAGGCACUUGAUUCAGGUCCACAAGGAACAACCGUCUGAUGGUCCAGACAAGGGCGAGAACACAACCAUCCAGACAUCCAAAUUUGUCUGUACCCUCUGCCAGAAAAACUUUGUUCGUCAGAACAAUUUAAAAAGGCACUGGCUUUCAGUCCACGAGAAAACACCCGAUGAUCCAGACAAGGCCCAUAACUCAACCGAUCAGCAGUCCAAAUUCUUCUGUAGCCACUGCAAUAAAGACUUUUUUCAUAAAUACAGCUUAGAAAUUCACGUAGAUGAGGUCCAUAAGGAAGACACAGUGAAAAAGACAACACCCGCCCCACCAAACAGUGGUGCCGUUAAAUUCUCCUGUAGUCUCUGCCAUAAAAACUUCACUCGUAAAAAUUGCUUGAAAAGGCACUGGAUUCAGGUCCACAAGCAAGAUUUCGAUGAUCCACAUGAGGCAAAAAAGACAUCCUGUAUUCACCCAAACUGUGAUAAAGUCUUCUAUCACAGGACCAGGAUGCUGAAGCAUCUUGAAGAUGAUCACGACAUGAGACUGUCCAGUAGUACCCAUCGCUUUGACACAGAGAGGGACUUCCUCGACUGGAAGGAGAGAGAAGAGAGAAACAACCUGGUCCAAUUCAGUAAGCAGAGUGGAUCCAAUUUUGGAAAAGAUACGCGAUAUUCUUACUAUAUUUGCGAGCAUGACGGAUCUGAUAGGGCUCACCGCGCCCACUGGCAGCCUGCUCGGCUGUCGUCGCGACGAAACAAGAAGGGGCGCGUGAAGACCGGACACGUCUGUCCCGCCAGGAUGCUGGUGAAAUCUGAGCUAAACUCAAGUGUGCUGAGAGUGACAUACAUAAGUACUCACAACCACGAGCCUCGUCCACGUGUUCCGAGCGCACGUUCUCGCCGCACGUGUUCCCGAACUACGCCCCAUACGCGUCGCACGGGCAAACCCAAGUCACGAGGUAAGAAAGUAGCAUCAAGUGUUUCUCAAGCUACACAACCAUCUACAGCGCAUGCUGAAGACAACAAUGCUGCUUUGUUCAUAGCUGAUGAUCUUGGAAAUGAAGACAUGGAUUCUGAAUCGGAUUCUGGCACUGCUGGCUCUGAAGUGUUGAUGCUGGAAGAGACAAGAGGAUACCUGGCAGAACUGAUAGGGAUGGUCCAGAAUGAGCAGGUGCAGAGAACUGUGCUGCCUCAAAUUCAUGAUGUGUUGAAGAAAGCUGUAUAUCAGUGUAAAGCCAUCAAAGCUCAAGCUGCCAGUGCCAGCAGUGUUGUACAGCUGUACCAGUCAGAACCGGUGUUACGACAGCCCUUACCAGGACAGAGGGAACAUGACUAUUACUGCAUAUAACAGCUUUCCACCUUAGGCCAGCUACAUGCUGGUCCCUUGUCCCAUCCCAAUAGAUUUAUAAAUGAUUUCUUACAUAUUGAGGCUCAUAUAAAAACAAACGCAUAGCCUAUGUUGUUCAUGACAGGCCUUCUGGCAGACAGUUGUUUCUUUUAGUCCUUUAGGUUUACUAACUCUAAAGUUUGGACACUUAUUACUUGUUUUAGUAGAGAAACUCAGUUUAAUGUUUAUGGAAAGGUGCACUUUUCAGCUACAGAUCUAUCAAUCAAGGUGUAUGUACAGUCUUUGAUGAUUUGUAUGUCCUUUCAGUAUUCUUGUUCAUUUAAUAGGAAUAGAAUAACAUCUUUAGUAUGUUCAUCUGGUUGCCAAAUUCAUAAGAUUUAAAAAAGCAUAACAAGUCAACUUGUUACUAUGCUUGGCACUGUUGAUGUAAGGAGUAAAUUUACCCCCAUAGAGAAACAUCUAUUAAUACAUUUGUAUUAAUAACUUCUUAUUAG